AUGUCUUUCUACAUAAUACUAUUACAAUGUCUACUUGUUCUUUUCCUAACUUAUUUCUAUUUUAAACGACGUUAUUAUACAAAAUGUCAUAUCACAAUACCCGGUUAUGAACCCGAAUUUCUAAUCGGCAGUAUACGAAAGAUUGGUCUAUUGAAAGGUCUCUCGUUAUGGGAUGCAUUUCGUAACCAACAAGAAAAAUUUGGUGAUCUAUACCAGAUGUGGUUAGGUGCAUGGUCUUACACAGUUUUUUGUCGUCCUGAAGAUGCUGAAUAUAUUCUGUCGACAAAUCGUAAAAAUUUCGAUAAUACACGAGCAACCGAAGAACAAUUUGAACUUCUGUUUCCAACAGCCGUUAUCAUACGACGUGGUUUAGAUCAUAAACGAAUUAGUCGAAUUAUAUUGCCAUUACUGCGAAAGUAUCGUAUUGUUCCUUAUAUGAACAAUAUUAUUGAACAGACAGAUAAACAUUUGAACGUAUGGAAAAAGAUGUAUGGACAGAGUGAGUCUGAGAAAAUUAAUCGUAACAUCAUAAAGGAUUAUAGCAGUUUAGCUAUGGAAAUUAUUGGUAUCAUUGCAUUUGAUCAUAAUUUUAAGUUAAUUAAUAAACCGUUAGAAUCUGCAUCAGAAAAGAUUGAUCAGAAAAAUAUGACACUCGGUGUAGCUACAGCAAAUUUAAUACAGGCAGUUACGGAUAUGAUCCUCACACCUUUACCAGGAUUUUUAAAACGUUUAAAAUUGAUAUUAUUUUCAUCUACUCAUAAACGAUCGUUAACUUUUCUACACAAUUAUAUCAAUCAUAUUAUUGAAGAGUAUCAUGAUAAACAGAAGAUCACUUCAUUGUCUGUUGAAGAUGAAUCAAAACCAGCCAUCCGUCAAAAUCUGUUGAGUAUGCUACUGUCAAGUUUAAAGGAAGAAGACACAGAUCAACGUGAACAGGGUAUAACAAAACAGGAAUUGAUCGAUAAUUUAGCACUACUCAUCUUUGCUGGUUACGAAACAACAGCAACCGUACUCUCCUGGUUUACAUAUUUCGUAUCGAAACGUCCAGAAGUACAACAGAAAAUGAAAGAUGAAAUACGUAUCCACUGUGGUAGUGCACCGUUGACAACGGAAAAUAUACAAAAGCUAGGGUAUGUUGACUGUGUAUUGAAAGAAACACUUCGUCUCGCACCGACGGCCGUAGCAGUUUCACGUCAACUACCUGUAGAUGAUACGAUCAAUGGUAUAAGUAUGCGAAAAGGAGAAAAUGUAAUGAUAGCAAUUGCUUGUUUACAUACGGAUCCACGUAAUUGGAAGCUAAAUCCAAAUGAAUUUCUUCCGGAACGUUUCUACGGUUCAGAUGCACCUGAUUCCAAACAUCAUCCCUAUGCAUUACUACCGUUUGGUGGUGGGCCACAUGCGUGUGCCGGUCAAGAUUUAGCACGUCUUGAAUUGAAAUUGAUUAUGAUACGAUUAAUGCAAUCAGUUACAUUUUUAGAUGCACCGGGAAACAAUGGUGGACAUAUACAACAUGUUACUGUUAUACCAAAGAGUGUAGCAGUGUAUAUAAAGUUUGAUGAUUAG